AAAUACAAUCUUAACAGACUGAAUAUGUUGAUAUUUUACUUUUGAUUGAGUCUCUGGAUUACUGAUGGCACAAAAAUAUGUGAAUCUAGUCAAAGUGGCAUGUGUGUUAGGUGGGGGUGGAGCCAAACAGCUGGGCAUGGGAUAAAUGGUAGACAGAGGGACUACUGUUGGGAAACAAAAUAGAUUUCGCCUUCAUAGAGAGUGUAGGCAGAGGACGGAGAAAGACUGGAUGAAUGCAUUAGCCAUUCCUGUUGAAGAAACAUAAUGUGGUGGACAUCAAAUGAACAUUCUACUGAAAGAAUGGAUGAACAAGAUAGAUUGAGUCAGGCCUCCAGUGUGGUAACCAUUUCUUCAUUUCCUGUGAGGCCCCAGACAGGUGAAGAGAAAGUUCAGACGUUUGGGAAAAGAUGUUAUGCAGUAAAAAGAGAUCCUAACUGCCCUGUGGUAAUCAGAGGAUGGCUCUAUAAAAAGGACAGUAUGGGACUGAAGUUGUGGAAGCGAAGAUGGUUUGUGCUCUCAGAAUACUGUCUGUUCUACUAUAAAGACAGCAGGGAGGAGACGGUUUUGGGCAGCAUCCCUCUGCCAAGCUACAAUGUUCUCUUCUGUACCCCAAGAGAAUGCAAGAACCGGAAAUACACGUUUAAAGUAGUACAUAAAGGCAUGCGCACCUACUUCUUCAGUGCAGACACCCAGGAGGAUAUGCUGGGCUGGGUCAGAGCUAUCAGCCAAUCAGCAAGCAUGGAUACAGAUACCACCAUUUCUAAGCGUUGCUCUAGUUACCAAGACUUCACAGAGGUAGACAGCACUGAGUUUGUGCAUACUCAUCAUAAUACAUCUAUGAGAGAUGUACAAACCAGCAAAAAAACGACUGAAGCAUCAACUAAGCAUCAAGGGGAAAGAGCAGAAUCUCAGAUAGAGAAUGGAGGGAAAAAGAAGAUUGUGCAAAGAAGUGAGCUGUCAAACAAAGAACAGACUGAUGAAUGCUGCCCACCCUUCCUCUCUGUUCCAAAAUACUUUCCCUCCUGUCCACAAUCCCUGAGCUCCAGGGGUCAACUAGACUCACGUCCCCACACUCCAGUUGGGAGAGUUGACAUUAGACCUAAUAAUGACCUGCCACCAAUACCACCUUCCAACAAACAAACAUUUGGUGUGGAGAGACAUGCACACAAGGGAUCUGUGAGCAGCCAGUUGCCACCUUUACCAUCUUCCCGACCCUCCCCUAAUUUAGGAAACCCACAUUAUCAGUCCUUUCGCAGUCAGUCAUAUGUAUGCCAACAUCCAGCAACUCUGUCUGAAAGGUAUGAUGGAUUUCAAGGAAGUGAAAUGCAUUCCAGCAAAACCCCUGACAACCACGUUGAUGCUGUCUUAACAAAACUCUGUGGAUGUGAUAAGCAGCUUCAGGCUCUUUGUGUAGAACUGUCUCAUUUGCAAGUGGAAAAGGAAAAUCUUCAGGCUGCUCUUGAAGUGAGCCACAUACAACGGGACGAAUGCAAGUAUACAGAGGCACAAAUGAACCAGAAAGCCUUGCUACAGGAAGAGCUGGUCACCCUCAGAGCUAGAAUAUAUGACGUGUCAAUGGACAUGGAUUAUGUGUGGUGCCAGUAUGAGAGGAUGGAAUCUGAACUGGCAGUGUUUCGCUCUCAGCUUCAGCAUGCAUGCCACUAUGGCCUACAUCAGGAGCAGCACAAAGCACAAAAGCAACUGUGGAUGAUGGAGGACAUUCUGUGUGGGCUGAGAGACAGCAGAAAUCACUACAGACUAGUAUUAGGACUGCAUGACCAGCCAGGUGAAGAACUAACUGGACACAAUGUGGAAGUAGAGUUGAAUGCCCCAUUUGCUCCCCCUCUGACUCAUGACCUUUGGACAACCAGCCCAAAUAUAUGUAGGGCUGCAAGAUGUGAUUCGCAUAUCUAUAGCAAACCAUUUUCUUGCUACCAAGAACAGAAACAGGAUGACUGGAAUCAAGGUAAUAAAAUUCAUACCUGGCCAUCAGCAGAUCCAACUGUGAACAUUACUAGAAUGAAUAACACAUACAAAAAGGAUUGCAGAAAGGAAAUGAGAGAGCAAGAACAAACCGAGGGAAUGAUGAGUUAUGAGGAAAGGACUGAUACCCAGAGGGAAGCAUCUGUAUCCAAACCCUCUGCUGCCGAACAUGAUUGGAGAUCCGAUUUGGAUGAAGCCACAGCUUUGCCCCUCAGGGUGACACGUGUCAUCACAGCAACUCUGCCCUCUACACUCAUUGCACAUCGAGUCUCUGUGCAGGACCCACCGUUUGAACUGGUUAAUCCACUCCCAGAGCAAAUACCCCAAAUGCUGCCUAAAAGGGCUCCAAGUAAACCCACACGGAUGUCUUCUCAAUACACUGGUCUCAGGUUACAAGAAGAAGAAAAAAGUGAUAUGACAGCUCAGAGAGCAGUAAAAUUGACACGACAAAGGAAUGAAUUAUCUGGUAGAGAAGCAUCUCAACAAAGCAGAAGACAGUCCACAACAUCAAAAGAACCAAGGCAGGGCCAGGAAGUCGAUGGGAAUGUGAAUCCAAACUGUGAAGAAAGAAGAGAUCAGAACUCAGACCUUAAUCUUCGCCCUGAGCAGAGAGAAGCCAAACUGAAGCGAGUUGAGCGUAUUAGACAGAGAGUCAUCAGAAGUGCCUCUAGAGAGAACCAUGUCCAGACUGGCAAUCGUCCUACAGUUAAUCCCAUACACCAAGAAAAUAAGUUGUCAGGUUCUGAAGGGCAAGUAUUCCAAAGCACCUCUUCAAAUAUUCAUGCUGGCGACACUGAAAAAUCUGUCAAAUCCUUGGAUUCUUGCCAUGGUCCACAAAAAAAUCUUAACCAUGAAAUUAGCAACAAUUUAUCAGCUCAAAACAUGGCUCUAACCAAUGAGGUUGGUUCAACAGAGAAGCCUUCACCAUCCAACAAUAACCGAUCUGAAUGGUUCCUGACAACUUGUGAAUGGCAGGGAUUUAAACCCUUAGUCAGUUCUGGAUUUGAAUCAUUUUGUUAUGAUGAUACAACUAUGGCUGAACUGGGGGAUUUGUCAGACCACUCAUCAGCCACCCAACAAGAUUCAGCUAAUAAACAAUUAAACUCAAGAAAGAUUCACAUAUCAGGAGCAAGACCCAGGGGCAAGGACAAUAGAGUAGAAUUACUCAAUGAGGCAUAUGUAAGUCAGGAUAAAAAGGAAAGAAUAGGGAAGUUAUGUGACAUGACCACACUUCCAUCAAUGUCAGUAGUAAUGACACCAACUGCAAAUUGCAGUUGUGAUAGUAAAAAUAGUAGUCUGACCAAAAAUGAGAAUAACAAAUGUCCUACCGAUCCAGUGGUGUCAUCUGUAUCAUCAGAAAAAUGUUUACAUCACCAGCUAAACCUUGAGUUGUCUGUUUAUGAGGAGAUUCCACAUGUUGAUGAUUCUUCACAAAGAGAAAACUCAAAAAAUUACAAAAAUGUUAAUUCAUUAGCAACUGAACACUCAGGACAUGAGAAGCAAGAGCGAAAAGAUAAAUGUGUAGAUGGAGUUAUUGUGGAUGUCAUGACAGAGAAAAAUGAAUGUACACAAAGUGAGACAGUGUCAUGCAUUCCUGAAAAUAGCCAAAGCAAAAUUCAAUCAAAAAGUAAUCAGCCAGUCUACUGUGCCAUAGCUAUGAAUGGACUGGAAAAUCACAGUCCUUCAUUUCUUUGGAGUAAGGUUACUGUGGACAGCACUAGUUUAUAAUGCCAUCAUCAGAAGUAAAAUAGAAAAUCACACAGACACCUACAUGCAAUGUUACACUAUUUAAGCAUUAUACUUUAAUUUAAUCAGUUAGAAAAAUGUUACACUUUACUGUAACUAUGUACAUGUAUUCUCAAUGCAUUUGUUGCACUUUACAGAUCAUUGGAUAAAAUCAUGAUAAGAACUCAUGGUUGCUAAGUUGUUUCUAAACAAUAUAUCCAUAAUUUAACAUAGUACUGUAAGUCUGUAACACAUUGGUAAUAUGAGAUUUUUUUUAAAUGUAGUAGUAAUGGUGAAAUGUUAUGGUGAGGUUUUAAAUGCAACAAUUAAAGGGUAAGCUUUGCAGCAGUUGCCCAGAAACAUACUUACUAAAUUUACAAACAUGAUAUCUAGUAGCUGAUAUGAAACUUCUUGAAGACAGAGUAACUGAAACGAAUCUAGACUGCAGAAGUAGAUUAAAGCAACACCAUGGGAAAAUUGAUAUUGUUAACUGUUAACUACUUCAUAUGUUUUUUUCCUCAAGAAGCGCUUGCAAAAAUUAAAGGAAUUUGUAAAGCAAGCAUGGCAAUACAAAUAGUAUGCAAAUCUUUAUUUGAAACAUUCAUUGAAUAUCUCUAAUAAUGUGUAAUGAUGUAACACAAUAGAAAAUUAAUACAUACCUGUAUAGGAAGCACUGUAUUAGUAAUUCAUUAAUAAAUGGUGAAAUGCUU